CACCUCCUAAAACACCUACUCCCUCCCAGCCAAUCAAGGAAGCAUAUGCAAAUAGCGCUCCUGUCGCCCCGGCAACCAUGAUGCACGGCAGCCAAUGGAAACCGGCAGGUUGCGACCCUGCUCCGUGAUUGGGACGGAAGGAAGGAGACACAGGCCCAAUGGGCUGUGGGAACGGUCCUCGGCGGGUUGAGGGGCGGGGAUAUGCAAAUAUGGUUUGAAAAGCCGGCGGGAAAUCUGAGUUUCGCGGGAGGACCUUGGCGCGUAAACCGUAUCCCUUCAUUCAUUGUCAGCAGCAGCUUCCUGGAGCCAUUUUUCAGCUGCCGGCCGCAGCACCCGUGCUGCCGCCGCCGCCUCGCAAUCCAUUGCAUCGGCCGCCCCCGACGCCUCCAUCCCCCCUCGGGGCCCGAUAUCCGUGCGCCCGGGACCCUCCUCUCUCCAGAGCCCCGAUUAUUUUUGGCCCCCGGGGCCCGGGCGGUGCGGAAAAAUAAAAAGAAAAGGGAGAGAAGGGGCUCGGAAGCGCCGGGCGGGGAGGAGAGAAGGAGAGACUUGGAAACUCCGACUGCAAAUAAUAAAGAAAUUGAAAACAAUACGUUAAUAUACCAUAGCAAUAAAAAGAGCAGGAGCGAGAGAUGAGAAAGGGGAUCCAGCCCGCCCUGGAGCAGUACCUGGUGACCGCCGGGGGUGGGGAGGGGGCGGCUGUCGUCGCCGCCGCCGCUGCAGCCUCCAUGGACAAAAGGGCACUGCUAGCCAGCCCCAGCUUCCCCGCCGCCGCCACCGCCGCUGCUGCCGCCGCCCCGAGCGCAUACAUCCAGAUCCUCACCACGAACACUUCCACCACCUCCUGUUCCUCCUCCCUCCAAAGCGGCGCCGUCGCCGCCGGCCCCCUCCUCCCCAGUGCCCCCGGCGUGGAGCAGACCGCCGGCAGCCUCCUCUACACCACGCCGCACGGACCCUCCAGCAGAGCCGGGCUGCUGCAGCAGCCACCAGCGCUGGGACGCGGCGGCGGCGGCGGCGGCGGCGGCCCUCCGGCAAAGCGCAGGCUGGAGCUAGGAGAAAGCGGUCAGCAGUACCUCUCAGAUGGUUUAAAAACCCCCAAGGGCAAAGGAAGAGCUGCGCUCCGAAGUCCAGAUAGUCCAAAAACUCCAAAAUCUCCCUCAGAAAAAACACGGUAUGAUACAUCACUUGGUCUGCUCACCAAGAAGUUCAUUCAGCUACUGAGCCAAUCACCUGAUGGGGUCUUGGAUUUGAACAAGGCAGCAGAGGUGCUGAAGGUGCAAAAGAGAAGGAUUUAUGACAUCACCAAUGUACUGGAAGGCAUCCACCUCAUUAAGAAGAAGUCUAAAAACAACGUGCAGUGGAUGGGCUGCAGUCUGUCUGAGGACGGGGGCAUGCUGGCCCAGUGUCAAGGCCUGUCUAAAGAAGUGACCGAGCUCAGUCAGGAAGAGAAGAAAUUAGAUGAACUGAUCCAAAGCUGCACCCUGGACCUCAAACUGUUAACCGAGGAUUCAGAGAAUCAAAGGUUAGCUUAUGUUACAUAUCAAGAUAUUCGAAAAAUUAGUGGCCUUAAAGACCAAACUGUUAUAGUUGUGAAAGCCCCUCCAGAAACAAGACUUGAAGUGCCUGACCCGAUAGAGAGCCUACAAAUACAUUUGGCAAGUACCCAAGGACCCAUUGAGGUUUAUUUGUGUCCAGAAGAGACUGAAACACACAGUCCAAUGAAAACGAACAACCAAGACCACAAUGGGAAUAUCUCUAAACCCACUUCCAAAGACUUGGCUUCAACCAACUCAGGACAUAGUGAUUGCUCGAUUUCUAUGGCAAACCUUUCUCCUUUGGCCUCCCCAGCCAACCUUUUACAGCAGACUGAGGACCAAAUUCCUUCCAACCUAGAAGGACCAUUUGUGAACUUACUGCCCCCCCUGCUCCAAGAAGACUAUCUCCUAAGCCUUGGGGAGGAGGAAGGCAUCAGCGAUCUCUUUGAUGCUUACGAUCUGGAAAAGCUCCCGCUGGUGGAAGACUUCAUGUGUAGCUGAUUAUGCUUUGUGUGGACUUCCCUUAUAAACCCAUAUUUUUUUAUUAUGAAACCGAACAUCUGUCAUGCAGUGUUGUCCCUUCCUACCUUCUUCCUCCAAGAUAGUAUCAUGAAGUAAACUACAAACUUCAGAACAAAGCUGACAUUUUAAUGAAUUAAAAAAAAAGAAAAAAAAUGUCUAAACGCACAGUUGCAGGCGCCCUUGGGAAAGCCGUGCCUCGCCCCAGGCUCCAAAAUCUCCUGGAUGAGUCAGCAAGUGAGAAAAUGUGCAAUCAGGUGUCUCUCACCCGUCCUUUUCCUCCCUCCCUCCUGGACUGGCUUGCUGUGCCUGACGGAUGGGCUGUAGACUGGGGUCUGGCCACCUGGCCCACUCGCAAACAGCAAUCUUCCUUAAUAGCAUUUCAAGCCGUGCCUUCUUCGCAGAAUGCAUGUCUUUGGGGUCUGCUAAUUUGGAAUGGAACUGCAGGAACUGUAAACUUGAAGUCAUGCAAAAGUAUGAAAUGGAUUUCUUCAGCUCUUCUUAGGAAUAUUUAAAUUACUGUCAUAAUUCAGUUUAAGCUAUGGACCGCAUGUCCCACUAGGAGGUCAAGAGAUCCUCCACAGCCUUUCAGAUGAAGAAACUGUUUUCAAGUAUUUGUCGCAGAUACAGAAGAAUAGUUGAGUUCUGCCCCUCUGAGCUGUUGUGGAUUUUUCCUGUCUCCAUAAACCACUUCCACUCCCCUGCCCCCAAUGUAUUCGUAAGUUUGAAGUUGAUUUGUAGCAAAUGCCUACUUUGGAGUUCUUUGUGGAUUAUUUUAGAUUUUUUUUUUUAAGCUGCCAUUUAAGCAUUCCUGUGGCACCCAUCACCAUUUCAAUUUAAUUGUUUACUUUGAAGCAGUUUUUGCUAAUUCAAAUUAUUUAAGCAGAGGUAGAGAACCUCUCUUGAUCAGAGCAUCUAAACGUGUGUGAUCUAAGGUUUAACAGCCUCUGCAAGAAGCUUUGCCCCAUCUUGCUUCCUUUCCCAGGAGGGGGCGCUUGGAGCCAGUGGAGCUCGCAGACAGGGGCGGCCCAUCUGGAAGGAGAACCAGGUCAGAUGACACAGCAGCCCCAAGGAGCAGCAGGUGUGGAUCCCUCCGUCCUUGGGCUUCCCGGGCCCCCGUGACCGGGGAAAGGGCUCUCUUAUACUGCACUCAGGGAGACCACUUCUCAGGAUGGGGUCAGAUGGAGAGGCCUCUGGGGAGAAAGACAUCCCCCGUUGUGAGUAGGGUUCUAUCAGUGGCAUUUACUUCCGCUGGUGAGAACAGCUCCCAUUCCCCUCCCGCUACGAAGGAGUGAGCUGGACCAAGGGAAGUCAGGGAUGUAGAAAAAGCAGGACGGGAUGCCAGGGCAUCUUCCCCUUAACUCUUCAGGAAUGGUGUCCCAAGUUGGAGGCUUCGUGACAGCUGCAAAUCCUACCAGUUCUGUCCAAGAAUGGCUUUCCCAUUGGCCAGGGGGAGAUGGCCCUCUCCCGCUGGGAAUGUGGCAGAGUACCUCACAUCCAUUCCUUGGAUGCUAAAGACUGUGGGAAUGAGGGAGUCAUCUAAAAAACAAACCUCAACACAAAGAACAGUUAAAUUGAAAUGCUAUGUGCCCAACACAGCGGUAGGCACAUAGUAAGGCACUCGAUUCACGUGUUCAAUUGAAUGGCAAAUAUAUCCCUUAGGAAAAACACAAAACAAAACCGCGAAAGCCCUAGCCGGGUUAGUCUAGGCAGAUUUCCACAAUAUGCAAAGUGGUGGUCGGGUCAAAACAAUGACACCAGCACUUUAAACUAUUUGUGUAGGUAUGCAUGGGUGUAUGUUUGAGAAGAAAAACAAAGGUGCAGAUCAUCCUCCCUUUUCUUCUGCCUCCAUCCCCACCCCCGUCGUCCCCUCAUACACACACUGGACUUGGUCCGAGAUGAAGCAUUGGGGGGGUGGGGGGGGAAGGGGGAGCUUUGUGUCAAGUGCCUACUGGAAAUGCACUGUGGGGUGUUUUCCUGUAUGGGAAACCAUUUAUGCCAAGCUUUUCCCCAUUUCCCAUAUUUAUCUCAUCUGGUUAGCUGCCUCCGCUUCCAGCUUUGUGUAAUUCUCUUUGCCAGCUGCACAAAAGCUGAUUUUUUCCCAAAGUCUAAAGACUGAGCUCACCUGACUAGGUGUUUGUGUGUUUGGUUGAAUUUCUCGUUAAACCUUUUCGUAACGUGAUGCCGUAUUUAUUGUUUUAAAAAUGAAAGGAAUCCUAAUAAGUCUUACAAGUUCCUUCAUGCAUAAGGUUUUCCCAGUUAAUGGGCUUAACUGGUGUACAUUAAUUAGACGUCCAUACUGUAUUCUGUUUGCAUUAUUAGUCAUUUUAUUUUUUACAUAGUAUCUGGCACACAAAGUGGGUUAGUACUACAGUAUUUGCGUUACUUUAAGUACUGAGUAUGCAGGUUUCCUGGUACCAUUGAGUUGCUGCUAUUAAAGCUCACACAUGAAAUGGCUAAAAGUUACACGUGUGCGUAUUAUGACUGCGUGAGCCUUAGAAAGUAAACUGUAUAAAGAGCAACACAUGAGCUGUCAAACAGUGUUAGGUGUGUGUUUAUAUGUACAGAUCUGUGCGUAGCAAUCGUUUUAUUUAAGUUGAUACGCAGCCUACUCAUAUUUUCAUUAUCUAGCAAUUUUGUACAAAAAUAGCAAUUAAUUUGUAAACACUGCCAGAAUAUUUUCUAGCUGGUUUGUAAUUUUUUAAGAGUGUUGUUUUGUUUUUGUUGUUGUUGUUGUUGCGUUCUUGUGUUCAUUUCUGUUGUAAGUGUAGAUCUGUAAAUACAAUUGCAGUAUUUAAAGCUUCAGCUUUCAGGAAAAAGAAAAGUAAGAACUCAGCGUGUGCAUGACAACUCGUGUGUACAAGAGGAGGGAUUUGAAGGAAGAUGCCUUGCAGAGUGAGUCGGGUGGCAACUGUCAGAUUGUGGGAAUUUCUUUUCCUAUGGGGUACGUGAUUUUGUCAAAAGUAAGUAUUUCUCCCAAAAUUGGGAGCAGGCAAACUACUAAUCAGUUUAGCUUUGUGUUGUAUGCUAGUUAAAAGAAGAAAAUAUGUAAUAUAAUGUAAAAAAAAAAAAAAAAGCUUUUAUGAUGGAUUUUGUAAAUAGAUUUGUUACAGGGUAACCUGUUCUCUAGCUGUGAUCUUACCACUUCAAAUGGGUGUAAUUUGAAUAAAUUUUGUAUGGUAAAGGAUCAAUAAAAUGAUUUUUUUUAAAGAGC